CCCCCUCUGAUGAUGAUUCACCAGCUGUUCUGGCUCCCAAUACUGCUGGUGCUGUUUACUUCAGGUUUCCUACGCCUCUGCUAAGCAGAGGUUUGCAUUUUUAUGUUACCUACAGGAAAGCAGACGGCAGCAAAACCCCAGCAGCAGCGGGAGGAGGCAAACAUGUCUGGGAUUGCAGCUAAAUUAGCUAAGGAGAGGGAAACAGCCAGGGGUUUAGGCUCUAACGCAAAGGCGUUUAAGUACCUCAGUCAGGACUUUGAGACGCUGAGGAACGAGUGCCUUCAGGCAGGGAAACUCUUCCAGGAUCCAUCCUUCCCUGCGAUUGCCUCUUCUCUGGGGUACAAGGAACUGGGACCAAACUCAUACAAAACUCAGGGCAUCACGUGGAAGAGACCAACGGAGCUGUGUUCUAAUCCCCAGUUUAUUGUUGGAGGUGCCACCCGCACAGAUAUCUGCCAAGGAGCCUUGGGUGACUGCUGGCUGCUGGCAGCCAUUGCGUCUCUUACCCUGAAUGAAGAGAUUCUGGCCAGAGUUGUUCCCAAAGAUCAGAGCUUCCAGGACAAAUAUGCAGGAAUCUUCCACUUCCAGUUCUGGCAGUAUGGGGAGUGGGUGGAUGUUGUUGUUGACGACAAGCUCCCCACCAAAAACGGAGAGCUGCUCUUCGUUCACUCAGCAGAGGGGAGCGAGUUUUGGAGUGCUCUGCUGGAGAAGGCCUAUGCCAAGGUGAAUGGGUCAUACGAGGCUCUCUCUGGAGGAUCCACCACUGAAGGCUUUGAGGAUUUCACCGGCGGAAUUGCAGAGUGGUAUGAGCUGCAAAAGGCACCACCUGACCUGUUCAAAAUCAUCCAGAAAGCUCUUCUAAAAGGUUCCCUCCUCGGAUGCUCUAUUGACAUCACAAGCGCAGCUGAGACCGAGGCAGUCACUUCUCAGAAGCUGGUCAAAGGCCAUGCAUACUCCGUUACAGGAGCCGAAGAGGUGAAUUGCCGAGGAAGUAUGCAAAAGCUGAUCAGAAUCCGAAAUCCCUGGGGGGAAGUGGAGUGGACUGGAAAAUGGAAUGAUAACUGCUCAAACUGGAACAGCGUCGCUCCUGAAGUGAGAGAGCGACUGACCAGGAGACAUGAAGAUGGAGAAUUUUGGAUGUCAUUCAGUGAUUUCCUGAGACAUUACUCCCGCCUUGAGAUCUGCAACCUGACUCCAGACACGCUGACUAAUGAAAAAUACAAGAAGUGGAGCCUGACCAAGCUAGAUGGGAACUGGAGGCGUGGCUCCACUGCUGGGGGUUGCAGGAAUUACCCAAAUACCUUCUGGAUGAAUCCGCAGUAUUUGAUUAAGCUGGAGGAAGAAGAUGAGGAUCCCAAUGAUCCUGAGAAGGGCUGCACCUUCUUGGUUGGCUUGAUUCAGAAGCACCGCAGGAGGCAGCGGAAGAUGGGGGAAGAUAUGCACACCAUUGGCUUUGGGAUCUACGAGCUGCCCUCGCAGUUUUCUGGCCAGACAAACGUUCAUCUGAGCAAAAACUUCUUCCUGACGAACAGAGCCAGAGAAAAAUCAAACAACUUCAUCAACCUCCGAGAGGUACUAAACCGAUUCAAACUGCCUCCAGGAGAAUAUGUCAUUGUGCCAUCCACUUUUGAACCCAACAAGGAUGGGGAUUUUUGCCUCCGAGUCUUCUCUGAAAAGAAUGCAGAUUCACAGAUUGUAGACGAUGAAAUUGAGGCCAAUAUUGAAGAGAAUGACAUCAGUGAAGAUAACAUUGAACCCAGUUUCAAAAAACUUUUUGCGCAGUUGGCUGGAGCGGAUGCAGAGAUCUCUGCUUUUGAAUUAUGUAAUAUCCUGAGAAAAAUCAUGGCUAAACGACAAGAUAUUAAAUCAGAUGGCUUCAGUAUUGAGACGUGUAAAAUAAUGGUUGAUCUGUUAGAUUUGGAUGGAAGCGGUAAACUGGGACUGAAGGAGUUCUACGUACUCUGGACAAAGAUACAGAAAUAUCAAAAAAUCUAUAGGGAAAUAGAUGUCGAUCGCUCUGGUACCAUGAACUCCUACGAGAUGCGGAGAGCAUUAGAAGAAGCAGGGUUCAAGCUGACUUGCCAGCUGCACCAAGUCAUUGUGGCUCGUUUUGCAGAUGAGCAGCUUAUCAUUGACUUUGAUAAUUUUGUCAGGUGCUUGAUUCGGCUGGAAACUUUGUUCA